GCGCAAAUAUUACACAAUAAUUAUUACAAAAUCAUUCCGUUAGUAGCCGUAAUAGAUUUGAUCGGCGUCUGUCGUCCGAGUGUAAUAUACAUGUAAGAUUGUUGUUUCUCUACGACGAUUGUUUCUUCAAAAUGAUCUUGAUCGGGUUCCAGACAGCCGUCUACGUAAUGUAUAUUGCAGUGUUCAUCGUGUCAUUAGUUGGCAACGGCCUGGUAUGCUAUGUGGUUAUGUCCUCAACGCAAAUGCAAUCAGCUACUAACAUGUUUAUCGUGAAUAUGGCUAUCGGUGAUUUGGUCAUGACGUUUUUUUGUGUUCCGUUCCCAUUUGCCACUUCGUUCCUAUUGCAGUAUUGGUCGCUUGAAAACUACUUAUGUCAAACUUUUACUUUCGGCAAAAUUGUUGCCGUGAUGGUCAGUGCGUAUACAUUGGUAGCCAUCAGCGUUAACAGGUAUAUAGCAAUUAUCUGGCCACUGAAACAAAGAACUAGAAAACACCAGGCUAAGUACAUAAUAGCAGUAGUUUGGAUAAUGUCUGUCAUUACAUCGUUUCCUUUUUUACUCGCUACUUCGUUGGAUCAGAAGUUUGACAUUUACUUCUGUACUGAUAAGUGGUCGAGUGAAUAUAUUCGGCGAUUCUUUAAUGCAGCAUUAUUUGUACUGCAAUGCUGUAUUCCAUUUGCCGUUUUAUUGUUUACUAAUAUUCAUAUUGGUAUUGUUGUGUGGGGUAAACUACCUCCCGGUGAGGCACAAAACUCCAGAGAUAUUAAAAUGGCAAAGUCAAUAAGAAAAAUGAUAAAAAUGAUGGCAACAGUGGUCAUAGCAUUCAUCGUUUGUUGGUUGCCAUAUGAUAUUCUUUUGGUGUUGAGGGCGUACGGGAUGUCGCUGCGCGCCUGGAGCAACCAGCCGUACGUGUGGUUCGCGUUCCACUGGCUGGCCAUAUCGCACACGUGUUACAACCCGCUGAUCUACUUCUGCAUGAACACCAGGUACCGGGCAGGUUUCGUGUCGGCGCUGCGCAGCGUGCCCGGACUUGGGUACACUCGGGCCCGGCGGCACGUCGACGAGCCGACCGACACCGGGCGGCUGCGGAUGCCGUCCGUGGUUUCCGUGUGACCGUUUCGCGGGCCGCGCGUCUGCGUCUCCGAUAUUUGUCCACCAAUACUGCCCGCCCGCAACACAUCACGACGUCGCACGUGUCUCCCGAAAACCUACCGAAACUACGUCCGGUGAAAACGAUAUUAUAUCAUGUGCUAUUAUGUAUAACAAUAUAGGUAAUAUUAUGUAUGGCGACGAGAGUGUCGUAUGUAUAAUAUACAUAACACGCGGUUUGUACCUGCUGCACCAACGCUCAAAUCUGACAAAAUCCGUUUGUGCUGUACACUUUUUUUUCUUUUUUUAAUUUUUUUAUAUUUUGUUUUAUAAAAUUAUAUAAUAUGUAACGAACACGAGAUGGAAAUAAUAGUGUAUAUACUUAAGAAGUGUUUAAAGUGCUCUUGUAAGAUCGUCAUAUUUAUUGAUAAUACGAUAACAGUUAGUUGUAAUUGAAUUUUAUUAUAAAAUUUAUUUAAUACGUAAACCACAUUAUCAACACUCCAUUCGUUUAUUCGCGUGCACUUGGCGUGACGACGCGAGUGCCAAUUGAAGGGUCCGGUGCAAUAACAAGGUAUCUCCACUUUUUUUCGAAAUGCAUGUUUUAACAUAUUCUAAUAGUGGAAAAAUUUGUCUACAUUUCGGUGCAAUAACGAUAUAUCUCCGACUAUUAAAUACGCUAAUAUCAUACAAAAGGAGAUAUCUGGUUUUAAAUGUUCUGGGCAAGAACCAGGUAUCUCCGGAGAUACCUUGUUUAUGCUCAGAAAGAUGGCAACACUGUACUUUAAGCAUUUUCUGGGCAAGAACCGGAUAUCUCCGGAGAUACCUUGUUUAUGCUCCGAUAAUGCUUCUAUUUAUUUAUUAUGUGCUCAUUAAUAGGUACUAAUAUGCUCAUGAUUAUAUUCUAAAAUGAAAUAUCCUACCAAAGUAAUUUUGUUAAGUAUUUUUUUAGUCGUAAAGGAUAUCAAAGCUACAUUAAUGAAUGCAUAGACCAAAGUUUUACUUAUAUUUUGGGUCAAAAAACCAGGUAUCUCCUUAAAACACAUAGUUACUCAAUUUAAUCAUUAUAAAAGGUUGUGAUAGGUUGGAUGAUUUUGAUUAUAGGUAUAAAUUACACAUUAUAAAUGUUUUUUGAGAUUAUUCAAUACAUAUGAUGAAAGAGUUUCUGAGAUAAAAAAAAAACAAAAAACAUGGAUUUUAAUUUUGGGGCAAGAACCCAUAUAUCUCCACUAAAUUAAACUUGAAUUAAUUAAUUAAAAUUAUUCAAAUUUAUUUAAAAGUAAUAAGGCUUUAUGGAAUGUUAUAUAUACAUCCAAAGCAUAAAAAUCAGUUUUGGAAACAGUAACAUGAUGAAAGGUGGGUCAGUAAAAACAUUUUUUAUGUCUCCUGAACAAUUUCAAAAAGUGGAGAUACCUUGUUAUUGCACCGGACCCUUCAAUUAUUGUUGUCGGGGUCUUUUUUAAGUGCUCCAGAGUGUCGAUACGACUCUUUUUAUACUAUUGUUUUUUAUUUUGUUUUAAAUAAACAUUUUGUCAAUUUAGCA